AUGCAGGGACAGGGCCAGCUCGAGGGACAGACAUUUCUGACGGGCAAUCCCCAUGCCGUGCGAAUUGUGGCUACAGCUCCGUCCGAGUCUGCCUGGGAGUAUAUGAACCCACGGGGAGAGUGGUGCGGCACCUACACUGAGGCUCUGGUAAAGGUGGAAGGUCCGGAGACACGCGUUCCUUUCUCUCUCCGCCGGGCACCGUCUUGCGUAUUGCAGAUCAAGAUUGUCAAUGGUCAGCUUAUUAUCCAAGGAGGAAGUGUGCUUGGGGUUCGGAUCGGUAACACAUACACUAUUCUGACGAAUGUUGCGGCGUUCAAGGCAAAGGUCAAACUGACCUCGAUGCCUUCCUGGCUGUCGCUCAGUAACGUUGGCGCGCUGGCUGUGCUGAAACGAGAAAGUAUCGACAAGCACCCAAUUCAAGUCCCCGAAUCACUCCCCUCUCUACAAACGCAGGUCGAAGAAUCGACCUUACUCCGAUGUCAUACGGCCGGUGACAAUGAGCCGCCCCUUCUUAAAUUCCGUCAGGAGGAAGCAUCAAUCAUGCUUCUUAAUAAGCAAGGUGUGGAGCUCGGGUCGAGUCCACUGAGUGAGGAAGAGCAUUCACUCCGAGGCAAGGACCUCAUUGUCACGACUGAGAGGCUUGUCCGAGCCCAGCGAGUCCUCUCAUUAAAAUGCGACAAACCUGCCGAUAGGCUUGAUCAUAAGUUGUACUACGAAAUCGGAGUCGUCGAGGAUGAACAACCCAAACGAGCAUCGCAAGUCGGCGGGGAAGACUAUCCAAUCGUUGAGAAAGAGUUUGCCUACGUCAAAUUGCACAACAAAGGACCAGAGCUUGUCUAUAUGUCCGUGUUCGACAUGUGGCAGGAGAGGUCUCAUUCAUCACUCAAACUAACCCAGAGGGUGUCGAGCUUCCGCCGGACCGUUCAAUCGUCCUCGGGAGCGAUGACUUCGGAGAGCACGUGGGAUUGGAGCUCACAUGAAAACAACAACUUCGACGCGAAUCAAAUUUUUGAAAUUACUUAA